UUAUGACUGCGCCCCUGUUUCAUAACUAUUCGCAAUGUUGUUUAUAACCGGCAGAUCUUUCUUAGCGCGGUUUUCGUUAAAUAUAUCGAAAAAUGUUAAACCAAUUGGACUUAUAGUCAACUAUUGUCAGGCGGCAACAGCCCUGCGUCCAAAAAAGGCGAAAUCUACACGCAAAGAGGAGCAAUACUUUUCCGAUGCCAAGAGGAUUCGUGCAAUCGGGGAAGGCGGCGAUGGUUGUGUGUCCUUCCUGCAGCUGUGGUGCAAUGAGAGAGCGGGUCCAGAUGGGGGAGACGGUGGCCAUGGCGGCCAUGUGGUGUUCCAGGCCUCCAACGAUGUGCGCAACUUCAACCAUGUGGGAAGCGUACUGAAAGCGGAAGAGGGAGAGCGAGGUAGCUCUAAGGACUGCCAUGGCAAGAACGCCAAGCACACAGUGAUCAAAGUGCCCAUUGGGACGGUCAUCAGGAAUGCCCAGGGUCUCAUUGUCGGCGAUCUUGGCCAGGCGGACCUCAUGUUUGUGGCCGCUCGAGGAGGAGCUGGUGGUAAGGGCAACCGCUUUUUCACCACGGACAAGGAAACUAGCCCCAAAGUCUGCGAGUACGGACCCAGUGGCGAGGAUCUAUCGUACACUUUAGAACUUCGGAGCAUGGCGGAUGUGGGCUUGAUUGGUUAUCCAAACGCGGGAAAGAGCACUUUGCUAAAUGCACUGACCCGAGCGAAACCCAAAGUAGCUCCUUAUGCCUUUACAACGCUGCGUCCACAUCUGGGAACCGUUCAGUACGAUGAUCAUGUGCAGCUUACCAUUGCUGAUCUUCCAGGACUCGUUCCCGAUGCCCAUCUCAAUAAGGGCUUGGGUAUACAGUUCCUAAAGCAUGCCGAACGCUGUACCUUGCUGCUGUUUGUUCUGGAUGCCAGUGCACCUGAGCCCUGGACGCACUACGAGCAGCUCAUGCACGAGCUGCGACAGUUCGGCGGACGCCUAGCAAGUCGGCCGCAGUUGGUUGUGGCUAACAAACUGGAUGUGGAGGAGAGCCAAGAUAACUUUGAGGAACUGCAGCGCCGACUACAAAAUCCUGUGCUCGGCAUCAGUGCCAAGAUGGGCCACAAUCUGGGUCAGCUUUUAGCUAGCGUUCGUAGAGGAUAUGACCGCCACAAGGAACCACCCACGGAGUCCAGUUAAACACUAAUAUAAAAGUUGUUUUAGAUUGUUAUUUAUAAAUUAAACAUUAUUCUUAUAAGCUA